AUGUCAGAUUUUCUAAAUAGUUCGCUCGAAUAUUAUGUCGCCGAAGAAGGUCCUCGUUUCACUACACACGUGUCAUUACAGCAAAUUAUAGACACUUUUCCAUGGAAUACCACCAUAAUUUUACCACCACCAGAAUCUAGUUUACAAGAGGAUACAGUUCAACUAAUACAACCAAUACCAAUACUUUUUCAAUCACAAGAAACCUCAAGCCUUCAGCAGCAACAGACGCAAAUAAGCGAAUCCAUAGAAUAUGAUAACAAGGAGAACGUCACGGGACAAGAAAAGAAGAUUAGAAUAAUGGAGUUUACUUGCACAUAUUGCAAUAAAGUAUAUCGAGGGAAGAAUGCAAGGUCUAUAUUACGACGACAUCUCAAAACAAAACAUAAUAUUAAUCCUCCCCGAGGUACAAGGUGGGAUAAUGAUCCUAAUAGGCCGAAAACUGAUGAGGAGAGGCGUUUGAGAGAGAUAAUCAAUUCACAAUUUAAAGUGUGGGCUCAAAAAUCACGAACAAAGAAAAGCCUUGAGAAAUCAUCAUCAUCAACCUAUAAAAAGCAAGAAAGAUUUGGUGAAAUUCUCAAUAGUGACAAUUCAUCAAAUCUGGAUAAUCAUCAAAUCGACACAAAUUUACCUUUUCCUGGUUUUGUAAAACAAGAAGGUAUUUACGUGAUGCCGUAUCAAGAUAUCAAUUCAAACUUGGGAGGUUCGCAUCAUGCGGAGGAUGAUACGGAUGAUUCAGAAUAUAUAAAACAAGAAUGUAUUGAUAAUUAUGAGGUUCCAAAUCAAGUCAAUUUCGUUGAAGAAAUUCCAAAUCAAGUCUUAAAUCUGGAGGAUAUGAAUUUACUCUAUGACGCUGGUCCCAUCAAAUCAACUUUGCUGUGGUUGGGAGUAACUGCAGAAUCGGAUGCUGCUUGCAUGGAUUAUUCUGACAAUCAAAGACAAAAUAAUUUUUUAAUAAAGGAAGAAUUUGAAUGA